UCAAGCUUCUGUCACAGUCACAUUCAUUCAUGCAUGGGUGGUUGUUUUCUGUUUUGAUAAAUUUCGCGUUCUUUAUUUACAAAAUCUAACAUAAAAUGUAUACAGAAGUCGACGUAUUUGUCAGUAAUUAUACUCUCAUAGACCCGGAGAUCUAUCAGCUCUGGAUAGAGGGCUGCUCGUCCAGUGAAGCAGUCUCGACAUUACAACAACGUAACAUAGCUAACAAGACACCUGCUGCCGUAGAUCUAAUAGCUAGCGAUGUGCUGGACCACUACAGAACAUUUGCACUUCUGGAGCGACUCCUGACAGUUCCAACUAAACUGUCAGAGCAACUGAUCUUCCAAAUUGACGAGUCCACCAAACAGAUGCUAAUAGAGAAAUACUAUCAGUUAGACGACGCUGUGAUAAGGGAACUGUUGGGAAGAAAACUGUCUUCGCGACACAGAAAAGAUCUAGAUGAGGUAUCCGAACGCUCCGGCGCGCCGCUCCGCUGCUGCCGCCGCCAGUUCGACAACGUGCGCCGCGUGUUCAAGACAGCUGAGGAUAUGCCUGGAAGCCUGGUGGCGAAUAUACGCACCGCUUUCCUGUUGUCGGAGCCUUUGGCCAAACGCUACGGCGCGGUGGUGUUCAUCGCGUGCAUGCGGUUCGAGACGGCGAAGCGGAAGCUGGCGUACCUGUCCUUCAACGACUUCUUCCAUUGUGCUCAGGCCAUAAUGCUAAACUGGACGUACAGCUGCACGGGACCGGAGUACUACGACACGGAGAUGGAUAGAGAGUUCCUGCUGGAGCUGCGGGAGCUGAGGAUCCUGCUGGAUAAGGAGAAGGAGCAUAAGCAUUUAGUAUGCAUGAGACUCAAACCAAAGAUACUGGAAAAAUCAUAUCAAGAGCUGGAACUAAAUUUUAGACUAUACACCCGCGCACUAAUCGGCCUGGCAGUGAACUUGCACCGCGGACGAGAGUUGAGGUCGCUCUUCAUAGAUCUACUUGAGAGAUGCGUGGAGCCGCUGCGGCUGGGCGGCUGGGCGCGCACGGACCUGGCGCACUUCCUCGCCGCCUACCAGCACGCCGCGCCCACCAUGGACGUACUCAGGGAAGCAGAUUUGAAACAAGUAUGGGAGCGGUAUAUGAGAGUCAUAAGCCAGUGUCUCUUGACUAUGUAUCACGCUUAGUUAUAAACUUCUACCUACUUUGGGUAAGCUAAUUAUAACUUUUAAUACAGACUUUAAAAAAGCUUAAAUGCAACUUUGGGAAUAUAUUUGUGACAAAAUUCCAUGACAAGUCUAAGGGUGCUUACAUAGAGAAUAGGGUUCCCUGUAUACCGGUAACCUGAUUAUGCGAA